AGGGUUGUUUUUGCCAUCUCGAACUGUAUUUUGAGACUCCCUUUGGACCAGGAAAAUGUAUGCAGCUUUAACGCUCUUCGUCUUCAUCUGCUUGACUGCCACCACCCAUGCAGAUCACCAUCAGCCUUGUCAUGCACCCAAUAUGACAGGAUUCAUGAAUGUGUUAAGCCUUAAGGGUGAAUUGAAAGCAUUUGGUGCAUUCACUUAUGACUCAAUGGGCAAGAAACUACGGUUCAGAUCAAACGAGAGCCACCCCGACAACACAUCCGUAGGUUUGGAUGUGCUGAUGUUUUUCGAUGAGGGAAUAUUCUAUGAGAUUGACAGCAAAAACCAGAGCUGUGAGAAAAAAACAUUGCAAUGCACCCAGCACCCUCUAGAUAUCCCCGAUGAUGCAACAUUCAUGACUACAGUAAACACUGGGAAUCCAUCCAUUGAAGGGGAGGGAUUAAAAAUCAAUUCAUGGACAGGAUCAAUGCCAGACAAGAAAGGCUGGUACUACAUGGCUGUAACCAUGGGAUGUUUGCCUGUGAGCACAUUCUACUUCUAUGAGUCCUCAUCAUUCCUUUUCAGCCUCAUGGAUAUUGACAAUGAGAUCAAGGAUCCUGAUCUCCUCAUGGUGCCCUCCAUUUGUCUGGGACAGCCUUUGGAGGAGACACCUGAAGGGACCGUCCAUAGCUUCCUCAACGAGUUCAUGUAGAUGACACCUUGGCAGCAGAAAAUCCAACCCCCUAUCCAAGUGUAGCCUGCCAGAACCUUAGACUUUUCACAUGCAUGUUACAGGACAGUUUAACAAAUAUUGCUAUGGGCAACUCCUUGCAGCUUUUUAUAUAUAUAUCUUUGAGUAGACAAUUGAUAAGUCAGACUUUUAGCUUCUUAUGAGUCAUUUGUGCUGAAACAGGAAACCAUGCAUUUGGGGUAAAGACCAUUCAUUAGGGGCUUAACAAAACAAACGAUAUGGGAGCUUUUGUUGAUUUGUUUGCAUCAGAUGAUUUACUAAUAUAAUUGGAUGGUAAUAAUUUACUUAUAUUAUAAGUUCGAGAAAUGUGGUCAAAUAUAUUAGAGUUAUUAUAUUAUGUGUGAGUGUACGUAAAUAUAUUUUUGUGAAGAUUAUGUAUGUGUAUGUGUAUAUACAUGUAUGUUUGAAUGUCGAUAUAUAUCUGCAUGGAUUGUACAUUAAAAAACACCAAAUGGCAUAUAGUUACAUGGGAGUGUUCCACAGUACUAAGGGUCAGGAAGGGAAGUUAAAAAAAUUAAAAAAUUAAAAUAAUAAUGACAAUGACAAUAAUUAAUUACUGAGCUACGGAAAAGGGAUUAAAUAAAUGUAUAUGCCUACUUCUUCCUACUCCUUUUCAGACAUGUCUUGGUUGAUGUUUCUUAUUGUUUAUUAAAUGUUUUGCUUAUUUAA